GCUUACCAAAGUUUGCUCGUUUCGUAUUCCCUUUUUUUUUCCUGUGCGUAACGUGGGAGCGAAUUAUCCGUCGAGGAGAAAAAUCUCUUUCCCAGAAAGAGCCUAUUGGUGUGAUCACAAAAUUGUUAUGAACUUAUUCAGGUGAAAAUUCCCGCCUUUUUUGUCCCCAUUUGGUAAGGCGCCCCUCACCUGGGAUAAAAAUAAAAAGUGCCACUCGAGCUAGUGAACGGUCGGUUUGCAUUAACCACACUGCUGAACUGCGUGACGGGGAAGUCCUACAACUCCACCAGGAUAAUUUAUCACACCGCGUGUGCCCCAUGCAGGUUAACCAGCUAAGAAGGCACCUGCUACGCAGGGCUUGCAUGUUAGAAGGCAACACUUUUUUACAAACCCAAAGAUACGUAUCAGUUCUAGCGAACGAAUUAAGGAGUGGGCACAUAUUCCUCCACAAUGACAAAUAUUGUGAGGUGACAGAUCAGAGGCAGGUCAAGCAGGGCCGACUAGCCACGACGAACAUGAUCUCCUUCAUCGACCUGAGCACGUUAAAAAGUUCCUCAGCCAAAUUCGCGUGCCAAGCGAAGGUGGAAAAAAUUGAACCGGUAAAAUCGAACGUGCAGGUACAGUACACGGACAAGCAAAAAAACAUAGUCGUCUGCUUGGAUGAAAAUUAUGAAGAUAUAGAAAUACCCAUGAACAUUUUUGCCAUUUCGGAGGAGUACCUGCAGCCUGGUUUGCAAAUAACGGUGUUCAAGCACGAAGACAAAAUUGUGAAGGUUAAUUUGCCUUCAUCGCUGCUGGCGACACUGCGCAAGAAAUAAACGUUUGGUGUGCCGUUCAUUUCGUUUUUGUGACGGUUUAGACGUUUGUG